UUCUGAAUCAUCUCUGCGCUUAUUUUUCUUCUCCCGCUCUUCUCCAGCGUGUAAUUUUUAAUCAUAGGAAUGCCAAAGUAGAUUAUUUCCUUGUUAAUAACGCCUCUCUAAAGGAGGAAACGGGGUUUGUUUACCUCCAUCCAGCUUUGCUUUGUGUGAGUUUUUCAAAAAUUUCCCGUGCAUGAAUGCGUUGUCGUUUUGGCAAGAAAUUCCUCCUGGGGCUGCACGUCAUGCCAUCGCUUCAGCAACCAGAUCGCGGCUCUUCCAGUGAGGACGAUAGUAGGAAGAAGCUACUAGCAAGGUUCCGGUAAAGACUAUGCAGUAGUUUAUUGGACUGGGCGGUAAGGAGAACAGCCAGGCGGGCCAGUCGCAGCGUAGAACGAAGAGAUACGGAGCAGACCAAGCCAGCAACAGCGGAGAGACUGCUGGGAUCAGGGAAGCUGAAGGUGUCCGAUGUACCGGUACCUUUCCCAGUCCAGCUUGAAGCCUGCAUCCUAGGUUCCAGUACCUGGAUCCGCCUCGCUUUGUCAGGCCUUGCUGCGAGGUCAAGGGGAAGGAGGUUUGAGGCAACGCUGGUUAAGGCUGGCCAUGUACCUAGAAGUACCACGCCACGCAUUGUUGGCGGGCGCGGGACCUGCAAAGACUUCCCCCUCCCCACUCCGGCGUACCGUUGCCCAUUGCAACACGUUCAGCCGCCAGCUUCAAACUAUCCCCAACCCAACCCACGAUUCCGCUUUCUUCCUCUCUUCUUCCUCUUCUUCUUUUCCUCUUCCUCUUCCUCUUCCUUCUUCCUUCUCCUCCUCCUCUUCUGUGCUCACUCUUCUUCUCCCCAGUCCAGGAGUCCUCUUCUCGUUUCCCCGCCCCCCGUUACAACCUUGUCGACGGUCUUCCCCCCCGUCGUCCCUCUGCUCUCUGCUGCAGCUGCACGGUUCUGCUCCUGCUUUCGAUCUCCCUCCUCACAACGCCUUACAACCAAUUUACCUUGCUCACUCUUGACUUUGAACGAUGUCAUUUUAAUCUGGAAUUCGGCAUCUAACGCCUGUCUUCCUAGGUGGCUCGGAUCUCGAAGUCAUUGCGGUGGGCAUAGCUCGUUUUUUUCGGACGAAAAGUUGAGACAGCUGAAAAACCAGCUUGAGGAGGGGUCUACGUCUUGCCGAGUGCAUUGGAUGUGCCUGCAGAUCUGCAUUUCAAGGCCAAUUGACUUUUGCUUGACUGCUACCAUUUCUCCAUUCCUCCCUCCGUCCUCCCUACCUCCCCUCGUGGACAAUCCUACGCUCGAGCUGGAACUGGCUAGGGUUGUGUGUACUGGUUUAUUGAGCGGAGGAAAAAAUAUAAGGUGAUAGAAUAAUACUCGUUUUGCGGAGCUAAAGAGCUGGCUAUGGAACAUUCGUCUCCUCUUGCUGCUAUGCAGCCACCCUCUAUGCUUUUCGGACAUUGUUUUCGAGCAGAAGCAGCUACUUCAUUCACAUCGUUCCCUGCGGUGCGGAAUUUUGGCCCGAACAGCUUCAAUUUUAAGGAACUCUCCAAGAAGAAAGGGAAUCCAGACUACUUCAGUGUGAAGCCCGUUGGAGGAUCUUCUCCUACGGCCAGUCUAGCUGCUGAUCUUUCGCAGAACUUCCACAUUGACCAGAGUCCUCAACUAGUAACGCCCCGGAGAUCGCUGUUUUCAGCGAAUUUAUUUGGUCCGGAAAAUGGUCGAGAUACUAUGACAACGCCCCCUCUACCAUCAUCUUCACCAGCAAUAUCUGUUGAUAUGAUGGACAUGUCCCCCCUGCCGCACAAAUUGCCAUACUCUCACCAAUCGGACAGUGACUUGGAGUCUCCCACGACUGAUCUCUCCAACCUGAAGCCAAAUAUCUACAUGCCUAGUCCCCUGCAAGAUUCACCAAUAGAGCCUUUUCAUCACAAUGUUCCACCAGAACGUAAACGUUCUGCUUUCCUUCGCCCUUCAUUAAUGCGGACCAAAACUCAUGGUGGUAUCUCUAAAAGUCCAGCAGGGGGCCAUUCUCAACCGUUGGUGAAAUUCGGAAAUGGAAGCAGUAAGCUCUCUACGUCAACAUCGCUUUCAUUGUCUGAGAUAUUUGAGGGGUCACCGGAAAGGCCGGCCUCGCGGGCCAACGUUGCAAAUGAACACAUGGGACCGCCUCGCCCACGAGCUCCCUUUUCAGGUUCUCUCGGACAAUCUCGUGGAAACGGUUCUCCAGGGCAUGGUGCCGUGCGUAAGGGUUCUAAUCCUUUUGCUCGACCUAGGAAACAGUGUAGAAGAUCGCUCAGCAUGUUUGAACAUCCUGACGAUGUAAUGAAUCAAGACGACGACUCCAGUGUGAAUAUCCAAUCUUUAAGCGACAUGGAAGAGACACCUACCCUACAUUUACCUCACUUUAUCCCCGAAGAUCAACCUGACAGUCUCCCCCGAAUUGAGAGUGCUGUUCUAGUUGAUAUUCUUGAUGGGAAGUAUAACGAUAAAUAUAAUGACAUAAUCAUUAUUGACUGCAGAUUUGAGUACGAAUAUGAAGGUGGCCAUAUCAAUGGUGCUGUCAAUUACAAUGACAAGGACCAUCUCGCCUCAAAGUUGUUCUCCGAGGGCAUGAAGCCAAACACCAUGCUGGUGUUUCAUUGCGAGUAUUCUGCCCACCGUGCCCCUAUUAUGGCCAAGUAUAUUCGGCACAAAGAUCGUGCGGUCAAUAUCGACGAAUACCCCAAACUCACAUACCCCGAAAUGUACAUCCUGGAUGGUGGUUACAGUGCUUUCUUUUCCGUGCACCGCACUCUCUGCAUUCCACAAAACUAUGUCGAGAUGGCCGCAAAGGAGCACGCUUUUGCCUGCGAACGGGGUCUCGGAAAAGUAAAACAACGGUCGAAGCUUGCCAGAGCCCAGACAUUUGCCUUCGGGCAGCAUUCCGCCCAAAUGGAGGACAGCCCUACUGGGCGCUGCCGGAAUACUGGUGGUGACCGCAACCUGUCCCUGGAAAUCCCGGAACCUGGACGUUUGCCUGGACGGCGCAUGUUCAGUUACUGACAUCUUUCUCUUAAUGAUCCCUGAAUUAUGGCGCUAAACGCUUGAUGGAGUUACGUUUGCCUGCUACCUUUUUUCCUCUCCUGUUUCAAUGGUGUUUCACUGCCAACACCCGCGUUUUGAAUCUUGGACCACUUCAAUUUAUCCUUUCAAUCUCACCCCCCCGCGCCGACGUUUUUUGACAUCUCAACAGCUUUCGAACAAGACGAAAUGGCUAAUAUACUUGUGAGACCUACCUUAUCAUUCUUUUGACCAUGCCGCCACCGUCGAGGUCGACCAAGCAAACUCUUUUAUUCUAAUAGAAUAAUUUGCGGUGGACAACGAAAACAUUUACCCCUUAUAGGAUACUUGGGAGAAUUACAGUUAUUGGCUUAGCCAGCCUUGAGCCUCCACUACUAAUUAUUCGAUACCUUAUCCAUCCACAUUGUGCGAUAUCUCACUCAUAAUGAGUGGUUUAGUUAUUACCUCGCCGCCAUCGGCCUAUACAUUUCCUUUCAAGUUUCGACAAAAACAGCUUUUACGAUAUGACAUACUUUAACCACUUUCAUCCGCAUCGAACUUUAUUUCUUAUGUUUGCAUCUGCAUAUCUAAGCGCGACCCACACGCGCGAGGAACAAAUUGAGACACUUGCCUAUCCAUCCAUCCUCCACCGAUCCCGGAAUCUUCUCUGCUACAGAAGCAUAUCCGAUUUCUUCGACUUGCUGAAAAAAAACUUUUCCUAUGUUUUGUUCUGUCCUGGGUUUGCUUCUCCGAAAUUGCUUGCUCGACUUCAACACUCCUCAAUUACGUUAUAUUUCUCGACCAUAAUACCUACCUCAAUUUUCCUGUUUGACCAAGGCCCUUAUUCUAACCAUUACCUUCUUCGAAAUGGUUCUUAACUCUACCGGCCUUUAACUAUCGCGUGUUGCCUACUGCUCUUUGCGACCAUUUUUUCUCACCGAUGAUGCGUAUAAUCCGGUGAAAAGCGAAAAGAUCAGACAUUUUUGAAUCAAACCGGGGCGGUACUGAGGAACCUGAUUAUGAUUGGCUGGGCUCCAUCAUGUUGUUUUUGCCUGAAAUGGAAGAUGGAGAGGUUUCCAUUCGUUUGAUUUUAUGGCUGCGCACUUGCCCGCGCCCUCAAUCAUCAGGAUGUGUGGAGGGGAUAUUAGAAAACAGUGACUGAAUUAUUGAAGAAUGUGCGAGGUGGAAGAAUGGUGUUCUGACAGACUAUGGACUACCACUGGCGGGUUGGAGCGUUCCGGGGAUGUCCCUUGCCUUUUUCCUUUUCUUCCUUUUCCUUUUCCUCCUUUUCCUUUUCCAUCUCUUAAAAAAAUAUUACAAUACCUUUAGAAAAUCAAAUGAAAAUGAAAAAAAAAAAGAUUUAUAA